CAAAUUUCCAAUAAUAAAACCAGGGAAAACUUUUUUUAGUUCCAAGUUGCCUGGUGGUGACUGAAAAUAACCAAAUUAAACCUUCCCCACUAGUAACAAAAGAAAAAGAUCAAAACCCUUCUCACUUGGUUUUUUCUUAAGAAAGGAGAGAGAGCGAGAGAAAAAAGAGAGUUUUCAGAGCGAAUCUUGCAAACCCCAUAUUAUUAAGAGCUCAGAAAGUGAGAUAAAAAUGUGGUGAUGGGCCUGAUGGCAAUGGUAACGGUUUCCUCCUUAUAUACUCUUUCUUCUUCUUCUUCUUCUGAUGAACUGAAGUACUGUUCUUCUUUCUGUUAAUCCCCCUAUCGUACGCCAAGGGUGAGGUUAGUUAGUUAUCGUACGCUCCUUGUUGUCAGAAGACUCAGAAUGCGCACCUCAGCACCUGUUUGAUGCUGUACUUGCCGUAUUUGGAGAUGCAAAGCAAAGCUAAAUCCAAAGCUCAUAACACAGAGCCUCAGACCAUCUCCUUUCCUUCUUUCCUUCUUCCUGCUUGGUUUUCAUAAUCUCAGUUAUAAUAAAAGGAGUAGAAGUGAGUGAAUGAGACUGAAAGGUAACUCAGAUAGAGAGAGAGAGAGAAAUAAAGAAAGGCUUAGAGCUACCAAAUGCUGAAAAACAAGAAAAGGGUCUCACUCAGAGACUUUCUCUCUCUUAACCCAGCAGCAAAAGUGGAAGAAAUAUAUAGAGGUUCAUAGUUCAAACACGUAACAGCGCUUGGGCGGUGGCUGGUCUUGAAGUGAUAGAGAAGAAAGACAGUGCUCUGGAUUGGAUAGGAUUUGUUGGGAGAACGAAAGAAGCAAAUCGAGAGACUUAAUUUAUCCAUUUAAUUUCUCAGACACACGACUUGUUUCAGUGAAUUGAGUGCAACACUCUCUUAGACUGGAGCUGAAGUGCAGAUUAGGGUUUCGUGCAUAAACAAAAAGAGAAGGCAACGCAUGUGAGUUCUUAUCUACUGCAAUUCCGCCCAAGAGAUAAGAUUUUGGAUUUUAUAUAUCUGGGUUUUGGAGUGUUUGUUCAUCCAUCAAGAUCAUCAUACCAAAUCCCUAAUAAGUGGUAUCAAGCAAAAGGUUGUGAUAGAGCCAAGAAAAACAAAAAAGAGGGUUUGAUACUAAAGGAGACGAAGAGCUGGCAAAUAGGUGGUGGGCUGGAAACGUUGCGUUGGGAGGAGUCGACCCGGCCUUGUCGGCGGCUCCAUCCCUUCGCCUCUGUUACCCUGAUGACGACAAUGGGGGUUUGGGUCCGCUUGGAUCAAUCAAAAGAGAGAAGGAGCUCAUGGACAACACUACCAACAACAGCAAUGGCAGCAAUAGCAACCCUAACAACCCGGAAGACGACGAGAGCAGAGACAACAACAAUAAUGACGCAGACGCCGAAGACCAAAGUGCCGGCGGCAACGAAAAUGUCGAAGGCGGCUCCGGGAGGAGGCCACGUGGGCGACCACCGGGGUCCAAGAACAAGCCGAAGCCACCCAUAAUCAUCACCAAGGAAAGUCCCAACGCUCUUCGAAGUCAUGUUCUCGAGAUCAGCAGCGGCAGCGACAUCGCCGAGAGCCUCAACACAUUCGCUCGCCGCCGACAGCGUGGGGUUUGCAUCUUAAGCGGUAGUGGUGUAGUCACCAAUGUGACCCUCCGGCAACCAUCUGCGUCAGGAGCUGUUGUAACCCUCCACGGACGCUUCGAGAUACUCUCGCUUUCUGGGGCUUUCCUUCCGCCGCCUUCGCCACCAGGAGCGACGGCGCUGGCGGUGUAUCUGGCCGGGGGACAAGGGCAGGUGGUGGGUGGGAGUGUUGUGGGUGCGUUGAUUGCGUCUGGGCCAGUCAUGGUGAUUGCCGCGACCUUUACCAAUGCGACUUACGAACGGCUGCCGCUGGAAGACGAUCCUGCCGGCGCUGCCGGAGAAGGACUGAAUUCGGGGACGACUGGUGUUCCAGUUUCUCCUCAUGGUGGUGGUUUAGCAGAUCCAUUGACAAUGCCUAUCUACAAUCUGCCCCCAAAUCUGAUGCCCAAUGGUCAGAUGCCACAGGAUGUGUAUUGGGGUAGUCCUCGUCCACCUUCAUCUUAUUGAAGCACUUCAACUACCAUGACAAUGUGACAUGGAAGUAUGGAACCAGACUAACAUCCACAGACAGAGAGAAAGAGAGAGAGAGAGAGAGAGAGAGGGAGAUAGAGAGAACUGAUAAGUGAAACCUCUCUCUUUCAUAUUCCUCUCCUUUGUUUAUUACUUUUGGGUUUUCUUGGACAUGUAACAUACAAGCAGGUGGACACUUUGUUGUUUUCAUUCCAAACAGUCUGAAUUUUGUGAAUGUGAAUCUGAGGAUGUUGUUGUUAGGUUACUCUGGCGCAUGCUACUUUGUGUUUCAUAAAGUACUUCUUCCUUUCUACAGUUUCUCUA